AUGUAUGGAAGCGGCUGUUUCUAUUAUUGUGAGCCUUGCCAUUACAUUGCCCACAAUAGAUGCGCAGUUACGGUGGACAUUGAUGACCUUGAUGAUGACGAGAUGAUUGAAGAGGCGUCGAAUGUUGAUUAUCCCAUUAAUCCUGAUGUGCAGGCACAACAGAUCACCAAUGAGGAUCUACAUGAACAGAUAGAGCACUUUAGUCAUCAACAUUUGUUAACCCUCAUCAGCGGUCAUCAUGAGGUAAUUAAAUAUGACGGUGAUGAUAAUAGUACACUUAAUUGUGACGGUUGCAUGAGACCCAUUUCCCCCACGGAUGCCUUUUAUAGAUGCAUGCAACAACAACAAGAAGAACAACCAAACUGUCAUUUCUUUCUUCAUACAAACUGUGCUCGAUUACCCACAAAGAUGCGUCUUCGAUUUCACCCAGAACACCCAGUCACACUUCUCUCAAAAGCGCCUUCUAUUGAUGGUGUGUUUCAGUGUGACAUAUGCAACACUUUUAGCCAAGGUUUCGUCUACAGUUGUAAACAAUGUUCUUUCUACCUUGACCUUCAAUGCAAAUUUCUUCCGGACUCGCUUAAACAUGAGGCUCACGACCAUUGCCUCAUCCUAAACAGAAGAUCGAUGCAUUGUGUUGGUUGUGGUUGUAGACCAAAUUUCUUCUUCAGUUGCAUGUAUCUAGGAUCAUGUGUGUUCUCUAUUUAUUGUAUUAACUAUGUCAAACUGCCUGUUAUCGCUAGGCAUAAAUAUGACAACCAUCCUCUCAAACUCACAUAUGAUAGUGUUACAAACGAUGAUGAUGAAUAUUAUUGUGAAAUUUGUGAAGGAGAACGAGAUCCAAAAUAUUGGUUCUACUGCUGUGAAGACUGCGACUUCGAUUUCCAUCCUGACUGCGUUAUGGGGAGGUAUUCUAAAAUCAAGUUAGGAAGCACUUACAAGCAUGAUGCUCACCCACACCCUGUCACCCUUGUUGAUAAGAUAAAGAGUGUCAUUCCUAAUGACAAGCGAUACGAAGAUGUUAGUCCUUGUGAGGUGUGUCAUGAACCUUGCGAAGGAUUGGUGUAG